AAAUCGUGGAUACGAUAUUCUAUUAAAUAUACUUAGUUACCGUGGUUACGGUACGAUUAUAAACUUCUAGAGCGGUUGAAUAUUGAUAGUGACGAUCGAGUAAUUGGAAUUUGGAUUAAACAUAAAUAUUAAAUAAUAUUAUUCCUAUUAUCAAUUAUUAUUUAUCAGUGGACAGAGACGACAGACCUAGUUGCAGAAACCAAAGAACGCGGCUUAAAGUUGAAACCGACUAAACUCAUUGAAAGGCAUGUCUACUAGUCUUAAAACCGUCGACUUCGAGGUGUUUGGACGUGUGCAGAAAGUUUUCUUUCGCAAAUGCACCCAGGAACAUGGUAAACAAUUAGGCUUGAGGGGUUGGUGUCGAAACACGCCAGAAGGCACAGUGAUUGGCACAAUACAAGGACCGUCAGACAAAGUCGCCGAGAUGACUGCGUGGUUGCGAGACAUUGGAAGUCCGGCUAGCCGCAUUGAUAAGUUGGAAUUGAAGAAUGAAAAGAGCAUUAGUGAUUAUACAUAUUCGGAUUUUGAUAUCGUUAGAAAAAAAAUAUGAUGUUCAGUAAUAUUUUUGAGUGUCGAUAUUUUGACCAUGUUGGUGGAUAUAAAAACAAACACAUUUUAUAAACUUAAUCACAAAAAUAUAUUAUGCUGAUUGAUUUUUGGAUAAUCGUUAAACAUAUUACUCAGUUGUAGUAUUGUGUUUUGUUUAGAUUAGGAAAACAUAAUACACUACUCAUGCCAGGCAAUUUAUAUAAUUUUUUUUUUUAAAUCUUAAUUAAAUAAUUAUUUGCCUACAGUGCUAAUACAAAUUGUACUUAUAACCAUUUAAAACAACAUUUUUUUUUUCAAUGAUACAUACAAAAUAUGUUUUUGUACUCUGCUCUAACUAUAACAACACAGCUAUACUAUAAAUACUUUUAAAAUUCAUAGACCAAAAGUUAUUGGAAGACAUUUGAAAAAAUAAAAUAAAUAUAUUGUGAACUGUGAGUUUUUAAUAUAUUUUUAUAGAAUUAUAUUACCGUGAGAUACUAACUAACCUAUUAUUUAAGGUUAAAUAAUCAAAGACGUUUUAGAUACUAUUAAACAUUGUUUUAAAUAAUUAAACUUCAUAUGCAUGUGAAAAAAUUUAAUGAACUUCAAUUAGUGUUUUAUAAAAAUAGUUUUCAAUAGAUGAUUAAAAAUUAUAGAAUAAUAGAACUACUUCUUAAAUGAAAAAUACAUUUAAAAGCUUUAAAAGCAUUUGAAUGUUUUAUUUAAUUAUAUAUAGGUAGGUGCAAUAUUGUAAAAACGUUGAGGUUAAAGGGUUAUACCAAGAGUUACAAUUCACCUUGAUAUACCUGAAAAUAUUAGAUACACAAUUUUAGAAUUUAUAUUUAGUUAAUUCUAUUAAUAAGUAUUAACUACAAUUUUCUAUAGUUCUCAAGUGGAAUUUAUUUUAAAAUGUCGAUGUUAAUAAGCCAAUUUAAUUUCUCAUUAUGCAAGAACAUGACAUGAAAUGUGUUAAAUUUAAUUUUGAAAAUAAUGUAAAUUAAACAUGACGACAAGUAAAUAAUAUGGAAAUAAAGAAACUUAUAGUAUGCUUCAAA